AUGUCAGGGCUUCUCCGAGGAACUGCCUUUGUCACCGGUGCCGGCUCUGGCAUCGGACGCGCCACGGCCGUCUGCCUGGCUCAGCACGGCGUGUCGAAUCUCGCCCUGGGGGACGUGGACACGAAGAGGUUGGAGGAGACAAAGGCGGACCUUGUCGCCCAAGGGUUGGCCGUGCAGGUCAUAUUGAUCGAGCUUGAUGUGAGCAACGAGGAUGCAGUGAGAGAGGCCAUCGAGAAGACCGUGGCAGCGUUUGGACGCAUCGACUAUGCCGUCAACAACGCCGGCGUGGCUGGCCCGAUGGGCAGGGCCGAAAACGUCGCGUUUGCAGAGUGGCGGCGUCUUCUCGACGUCAAUCUGAACGGUGUCUGGCUCUGCCAGCGGGCGGAGAUUCAGGCGAUGCUGAAGCAGGAUCUUCGCGCAAUUGGUUCACGAAGACCAUACUCCCCUGGGGCAAGAGGGGUCAUUGUCAACGUCGCUUCGAUACUGGGCUUGAUGGGCGCGUCUGGCACAAGCCCCGUCACGGUGUACAGUGCGGCAAAGCACGCUGUCAUGGGUCUCACGAAGACGGUUGGUCUCGAUCAUGAUUCUAUAUCAUUUCUCCUAGUCCCCUUCCCAGAAGCAGUAUCAUCGCGGUUGGUUAUGCGUUUACCAUGUACUUAUGACCCGUCCGUGCUUCUAGGACGCACGCGUCUACGCGAGAGAAGGGAUCCGAAUCAACGCAAUCUGCCCAGGGUAAUUCAAACCAAGACUACCCUCACCCCGCCCUUUGCUAUUUCAUUCAUCGAAACCCCUCUACUCACCCCGACCCUGAACGACGCCGCUCGCAGGGAGCUCCUCAGGAGAAUCCCCGCCGACCGGCUGGGCGCGCCCGAGGAGAUUGGCAACUCGAUCGUCUACCUGAUGUCGUACUUGAGCAGUUUCAUGUACGGUCACGGCCUUGUCGUUGAUGGGUGA